UUUAUCAGAUUCUCUGUAAUUUCUGCUGCCAAGUCUUCGUCACAUCUACCUGAAGUCAAGUAAGUAAUCAUGUCAGCGACGACGGCGUUGUGGCGGCCGCAGGAAGAUGGCUUCAAGGAGAUCUACGGCUUACUCGAACAGCAGAUGUCUCCAACUUCCGAUAAGCCUCAGAUAUGGAACCAACUUCAGCACUACUCUCAGUACCCAGAUUUCAAUAACUAUCUUGUUUUCAUCUUCGCUCGAGCCGAGGGUAAACCAUUGGAGCUUCGCCAGGCUGCUGGCUUGCUUCUGAAGAACAAUAUCAAACUUGCCUUUGAGGGCAUGCUUCCUCCAUACCAACAGUAUAUAAAGUCGGAAUUGUUACCUUGUUUGGGGGUAGCAGAUAGGAAUAUUAGGUCUACUGCUGGAAGUAUUAUAAGUGCACUGGUUCAGAUUUCAGGGGUUCAUGGAUGGCCAGAGCUGCUGGACACACUUGUUAAAUGCAUUGACAGUAAUAACUUGAAUUUCAUGGAAGGUGCUAUGGAUGCUCUUUCCAAGAUCUGCGAGGAUGUUCCUCAAACACUAGAUUCGGACAUGCCAGGUUUAAAUGAGAGGCCUAUCAAUGUAUUUCUUCCUAGAAUGUUGCAGCUUUUCCAGUCAAGUCAUGCAACAUUGAGAAAACUUUCUCUGUCCUCCGUGAACCAGUACAUUGUUCUAAUGCCUCAAGUUUUGCACAUGUCCAUGGACAAGUAUCUGCAAGGUUUAUUCAUGCUUGCCAAUGACCCCAUAGCAGAGGUUAGGAAGUUGGUAUGUGGAGCAUUUGUUCAGUUGAUUGAAGUCCAUCCACAUAUCUUGCAGCCACAUUUGAGGAAUCUAAUUGAAUACAUGCUUCGCGUAAACAAGGAUGCUGAUGAGGAGGUUGCACUUCAAGCUUGUGAAUUUUGGUCUGCUUACUGUGAUGCUCAAUUGCCUCCUGAAAUCCUUAGAGAAUUCAUCCCACAGAUAAUCCCGAUUUUAUUGUCAACCAUGGUUUAUGCUGAUGAUGAUGAGGCAGUUAAUGAUGCAGAGGAGGAUGGUUCUCAGCCAGAUCGCGACCAGGAUCUGAAGCCGCGGUUCCAUUCAUCACGGUUUCAUGGAUCUGAGAAUGAGGAAAAUGAUGAGGAUGAUAUAGUCAAUAUUUGGAACUUGAGGAAGAGCAGUGCAGCUGCCCUUGAUGUAUUAUCUAAUGUAUUUGGAGAUGAGAUUUUACCAACUUUAAUGCCUAUAGUGCAGGUUAAGCUAUCUUUGACUGACGAUUUAGCUUGGAAAGACAGGGAAGCUGCAGUUUUAGCUCUCGGUGCCAUAUCUGAAGGGUGCAUCAAUGGCCUAUAUCCCCAUCUACCGGAGAUUGUGACAUUCCUGAUUCCUUCUUUAGAUGACAAGUUUCCUUUAAUAAGAAGUAUCUCAUGUUGGACUCUCUCUCGUUUCAGCAAAUUUAUUGUUCAGGGUGUUGACUAUAAAGAAGGCCAAGAACAAUUUGAUAAAGUUCUUAUGGGGCUUCUAAGAAGAAUUCUCGAUGAUAAUAAGAGGGUGCAAGAGGCUGCUUGCUCUGCUUUUGCAACUUUAGAAGAGGAGGCUGCUGAAGAGUUAUCUCCAAGGUUGGAGACUAUUCUUCAACAUUUAAUGUGUGCUUUUGGAAAAUAUCAGAGGCGAAACCUUAGAAUUCUUUAUGAUGCUAUUGGAACUCUGGCAGAUGCUGUCGGAGGAGAACUAGACAAUCCUGUGUACCUCAAUAUUUUGAUGCCACCACUACUUGCAAAGUGGCAACAACUUUCAGAUUCAGACAAGGACCUUUUCCCACUGCUGGAAUGCUUAACAUUUAUUGCUCAGGCUUUGGGUGGUGGAUUUUCACAGUUUGCAGAACCUGUCUUUCAGAGGUGCAUUAAUAUCAUCCAGUUCCAACUAGUGGCAAAGGCUAAUCCUAUACCAUCAGGGCCCCAACAUGAAAAAGAAUUCAUUGUUUGUUCUCUGGAUCUGCUUUCUGGAAUAGCAGAAGGUCUGGGCAGUGGAUUGGAGUCUCUGGUAUUAAAAAGUAACUUGAGGGAUCUGCUUCUGCAAUGUUGCAUGGAUGAUAUCCCUGACGUUAGACAAAGUGCCUUUGCUUUACUUGGUGAUCUUGCAAAGGCCUGUCCUAUCCACUUGCAUUCACACCUGUCUCAGUUUCUUGAUAUUGCUGCACAGCAACUGAGUAUUUCUAAGCUGAAGGAAACAAUUUCUGUGGCAAACAAUGCAUGCUGGGCAAUUGGAGAAUUUGCAGUAAAGGUCCGGCGAGAUAUUUCUCCUGUGGUGAUGAAUGUCAUCUCCUGCUUGGUUCCAAUUCUUCAACAUGCAGAGGAGCUGAACAAGUCACUCAUAGAAAAUAGUGCUAUUACUCUUGGAAGACUUGCCUGGGUCUGUCCCGAGCUUGUAUCUCAACAUAUGGAGCAUUUCAUGCAACCAUGGUGUAUGGCUCUGUCCAUGAUCCGCGAUGAUAUCGAGAAAGAGGAUGCUUUUCAUGGUCUAUGUGCGUUGGUAAGAACAAACCCCUCAGGGGCUUUGAGUUCACUUGCCUUCAUGUUCAGAGCUGUUGCUAGUUGGCAUGAAAUAAGAAAUGAAGAUCUACACAAUGAAGUUUGCCAGGUUAUGAUUGGAUAUAAGCAGAUGCUCGGAGAAGAAGAUUGGAAAAAAUGUAUGUCAUCCAUAGAUGAAUCAGUGAAGGACAGGUUGCUAAAGUAUCAAGUUUAAUGAGAAGAACAGGUGAAUUCAUUCAACUAUUGGAAGCUACAAAAUAAUUUAAAAGAUUGGGAUUAUUAUUCUUAAUAGGGCCUUAAGCUAUUUUUUUGUGCUCUUUAAGGCUCUCAAAAGGCUGUUGUUAUGCCUUUAUUGAUUGAUAAAUAUAAUGGGACUUUUGAGUUGUUCAGACAAGUAUGGUUUUGGAGCAGCUUUUAUAGGUUAGAUUUCAUUAGACUUCACUCAUAGGAGUUUUUUAUUUAUUAUUAUAUUUUAAAUUUUGUUUCACUUUUUCUGUUUUUUGGUGAGGUUCCUAGUGUACAUUGAGGCUUUGAUGAUUUUGAUUAUUUAUCGUUCAUUGUAGUUUUUGGGUGUAUAAAAUUACUGACUGUUGACUUCA